CUAGACUGACUCCCCCUUCUCCUAGAAAACCUCAAAAUCUCAGAAAUCUCUUCUUCUUAGCUACAUUCUUCCCCCAUUCUUCCAUGGAAGAACCUCCAUUUUUCAUCCCCAUUUUCCUACUUUUCACCCUUCUCUUAAACACGCACCCAACACAAACUCUAUCCCCUCCCAUUUCCCCUACUAAACCCCCUUCAAUUUCACCCACACCACCAUCUUCUUCUUCUUCUUCCUCUUCACCUUCAUCAACACUUGACCCUAAACAACUAAGAGCCCUUCAAUCCCUCAACAUCCCCACCACAAAAGACCCAUGUUCAACCUCCAACUCAAUCCAUAAUAUCAUCCAUUGUGACAAUUCCAAACCCUUUAGACAUCUAACUUCACUUCACCUUAUAAAUUGCUCAGAAGAUGUUUCUCUAUCAUUUACUGCCCUCAAAUCUAUAUCUUCCCUUCACGAUCUUCAAUUCAUUAACUGCCCAAUUUCCCCCAUUUCUUUCCCACCUGAAUUAGCCUCAAAUCUCAAGUCUUUCGCUUGUUUUAACAGCUUAAGAAAGUUAACAGGAGUUUGGCUUAGCCAUUUGCAGAAUGUUACAGAUCUUAAUGUUACUGGUGUUCUUGUUAAAGCUAGUAGCCCUCUUAUUAUUGUGGCCCACUUGAAGAAAGUGAACAAAUUCAUCAUUUCUCAUGCUAAUCUUACUGGGAAAUUACCAGGAAAAUCAUGGAAUUCUAACAUUUCCCACAUUGAUUUAUCAGGUAAUCAUCUUAAAGGAAAAAUACCCAAUUCAAUUACUCAUCUUGAGAACCUAAUUUCACUUGAUUUAUCCUCAAAUCAGCUGAUUGGAGAAUUACCCACUUCAAUUGGUGACCUAAUUGAGCUGAAAAACUUUUCAGUUUCAUCAAAUUCAUUAUCUGGGUCAAUUCCUGAAUCUAUUGUUUCAAUGGCAUCUUUGGUUUAUCUUGAUCUUAGCUCAAAUCAGUUUAAUGGGAGUAUCCCUAAAUUUUUAGCUGAUAUGAAGAGUUUGAAGUAUUUGAAUCUUGAAAGGAAUAAUUUUCAAGGGAUUUUGCCCUUUAAUGUAUCAUUUAUUAAGAGAUUAGAGGUUUUUAAGAUUGGGGAAAAUGCUAAUUUGUGUUAUAAUCAUACCACAUUGUCUUCAAAGGUGAAACUUGGUAUUUCUCCUUGUGAUAAGAAUGGACUACCAACGUCUCCUCCAAUGAAAUCGUCACCUUUGGGUGGCAAUGAAGGCAACGAUUACGACUACGAUAGUAGCUCGGAGGAUUCCACCACCCAAAAAAGUGGUGGACAUCAUGGUCCUAACAAGGUUGUUCUUGGAGUUGCUAUUGCUCUUUCUUCUAUUGUUUUCUUGAUUAUUUUCUUAAUUUUAUUAUCAAGGAAAUGUGCAUGAAAAAAAUUAGAGAUUAUUAUUGGUAACUAAAUUAGGUUUCAUUAUUUAUUAGAUUAGAUUGAAAACUUGUUUAUUUGAACAAAGAAAAAAGGGAUUUUUUGUUUCAAGUUUAUUAGUGGAAUGGAGUAUACAUUUUCCGAAAAAAAUUGGAAAAUUGUUAGGAAAAAAGGGGGGAUUUUUAUUUUUCAUCAUUAUUUUUUCCCACAUUGGUGUAAUUUGUUGGUAAUAUAAUGGAUUAUUGGGUGUAUAAUUAUUA